UCGUCAUCUAACGUCGCCAUGACGUAGCUUGCGGCCGCCGGGAGAAGUUUGAAAAUAAACGUGAAACUUUUUUUUUUCUGUAACGUUGCAUGUCAGCGUUGUUUCAUUCGGAAUUUCAGGCGGAAUUUCUACAACGACGCUGUAAAGUGAACACUUCACCACAGAGGGAGUCUGUCGUUCCGUCGCGAUGUCUGCCCCAGAAGAAGGUGUCGUCGGCGCCCCAUCCGCCUACUUGAGGGCUGCUUUGGCGGCUGCUGAGGCUGUUGACACAGACGUUGAUUCAAGGGUUGAGCUCAGAAAGAUGCUGGACGAAUGGGAGGAAGGACAGCACGGCACCACAGAACAGCUGGUGUCCAUCCUGAUAAAAAUCUCAGAGCGGAUCGAACAGGACACAGAAAUAUUUUACAAAGCAGACCCUGAUCCCUUUGAUGACCGUCAUCCAGGCCGUGCAGACCCCGGCUGCAUGCUGGGACAGCUCCUGAAGAUGGUCUUCUCAAAUGAUGACUUCACCAAUGCGCUGUUAGACACGUACAUAAUGACCAGCAGAGAGCUGAGCCUGAACACAGCCGCCUGUCGUGUGCUCCUGAACAUCAUGCCGGGUCUGGAGACCUCAGUCGUCUUCCAGGACAAGGAAGGUCUGAUUGAUACAUUGUUCACCUGGGCCCGUGAAGCAGAGCGACCGCUGUGUGUCUACAGCACGGGCCUGCUGGCCAGAGCCAUGAGUGACCAGGAAGUGGCGGUCAACAACCGGGAGAAGAACGCUCAGCUGGUACCGCUCAUGAUUCAGCGCCUCCAUGAGCUGCAAAAAGAAGACAACAACAGUCACGCUAUCCCCUUUAAGAUUCCUCAGAACCUACCUCAGGACUCUCAGGUUGAAACAACACAAACCUCAGGUGUCUCAACACCCCAGCAAGAAAAGACAGAGAGGGAGGAACGAGAGGAGGAGGAGAGAAAACAGAGAGUUGGGGAGAGCAGCAGACCAAAGUGCUCCAAACCUUCAUCACAGCUUGGCUCGGUUCUGAAAAACAGCGGCUACAGCAGCAGCAGUGGGAGUGGACCCAGCUCAGCCCGACUGCUUCCAGGCUUCGUUUACCAAGCCAGCCAGGAGUCUGCCUUCAGGGAGACGGAGGACAGACAGGGGGACGGAGGAGGAGGAGGAGGAGGAGGAGGAGGAGGAGGAGGAGGAGGAGGAGGAGGAGGAGGAGGAGGAGGAGGGACGAAUCGAGCAGUGAGGGAGAAUGGGAGGAAGGCCAAGCAGAAAAUCAACUUUACCUCCUCCUACUCCUCCUCCUGUAAGACUGAGGAGGACGAGGAGGAGGAGGAGGGGGAGAGGAAUGAAUCCAGCGAUCAGCCCACCAGCAGUGCCUCCUGGUCUGAGAUGAGCUCCGUAGUGAUCGGUUCAGAAUACUACCUGUCACCACUGAGCGCGGCCAUGGAGCAGAGGCUCAUCCUGCAGUAUCUGACGCCUCUCGGAGAUUACCAGGAGCUGCUUGCUGUCUUCAUGCAGCUGGACACUCGCUCAUUGCUGUUGAACUACAUCGACCUCAGGAGGACUAAAAACGUCCAGCUCACCUACGAUGCACUUCUGUAUCUGGCCUCGCUGCUCCUCCACAAGAAGUUUGCAGCUCAGUUCAUUGCUCACGGAGGAGUGCAGAAACUUCUGGAUAUCCCGAGGCCCUCCAUGGCAGCGACUGGAGUUUCGCUCUGCCUGUACUACCUGGCAUACAACCAGGAUGCUCUGGAGAGGGUGUGCACCCUCCAGGACGGCGUGCUGUCAGACAUGGUGUCCUACGCUCUGUGGCUGCUGGAGUCGUCCCACGCUUCAGGCGUCUGCCAUGCCACCAUGUUUUUCUCUAUUUCUUUCUCUUUCAGAGCGGUGCUGCAGCUCUUUGACCACCAGGAUGGCCUGCGCAGGCUGGUCAACCUGAUCAGUACUUUGGAGAUCCUUGACAUCGAGCACAGAGGCUCUAUACUGGGUGAUGACUUGGUUUUCUCCAGCAGACAGACAGCCAAACACACGUGCAUGGCCCUGCGAAGGUACUUUGAGGCUCACCUGGCAGUAAAGGCUGAGCAGGUUAAACAGUCCCUGCAUUCAUCAGAUGGAGGUACCAUCGUCCCCCAGCAGCCAUUUUACAAGGCGUAUACGUACACCAGGGAGCAGGUUAUCGAGAUGAUGGAGUUCCUCAUCGAGUGUGGCCCCCCGCAGCUCUCCUGGGAACCAGUCGAGGUUUUCUCCAAGUUAUCCUGCAUCCCUUUAAUGCUGCAACUGAUAUCUUUAGCGUGUGACUGGAGGACGUACUACGGCAGAAGUGACACGGUGCGUUACGCUCUUGACAUCCUGGCCAUCCUUGUGGUGGUUCCCAAAGUCCAGCUGGUGUUGGCAGACACUGUAGAAGUCCUGGAUGAGACAAACUCUCCUGUCUCCACAGUCGGUAUGAGCAUCAUUCUGGGGGUUUCAGAGGGGGAGGUGUUUGUCAACGACGCUGAGAUCCAGAAAUCUGCACUACAGGUCAUAACAAACUGUGUGUGCGCCCCAGACCAGAGCCUGAACACAGCCGGUGCCUUCUCCGUCACUCCCCUUAGACCGCAACUCCACCUCAAGCAGUCUCCAGCUCCACACAACAGAGUGCUGGUCCACAUGUGGCAGGUAGUGCAGAACAACAACGGUAUAAAGGUGCUUCUGUCUCUGCUGUCGGUGAAGAUGCCGAUCACAGAUGCAGACCUGAUCCGAGCCAUGGCCUGCAAAGCCCUGGUUGGACUCUCUCGCAGCUCAGCGAUCAGACAGAUCAUCAGCAAACUGCCUCUCUUCACCAGCAGCCACAUUCAACAGCUGAUGAAGGAGCCAGUCCUUCAGGACAAACGAAGCGAGCACGUCCGUUUCUGCAGAUACGCCGCUGAGCUGACUGAGCGAGUGUCAGGAAAGCCUCUCCUCAUGGGUACUGACGUCUCAUUGGCUCGUCUGCAGAGGGCUAACGUGGUCGCCCAAUCACGGAUCACCUUUGCUGAGAAAGAACUCCUCACGCUGAUCAGAAACCACCUGGUGGCCAAAGGGCUGAACGAAACUGCCAACACGCUUGUAAAGGAGGCAAAUCUAUCUGUGACAUCACUCUGUCCGAACUCCGCCUCCUGUGUGACCCCACCCCCCUCCGCUGUGAUCCCCAGGACUUGCAAGUUAGGGACAAGAACUGGAUCUUCUCCUGUGUUGUCAGCCGCCACUCCCUCCACCACUCCCUGUCGCUCCACAGUUAUUCCGCUCGCUUCAUGCUCCUCCUCGUCUACCUCCGGCCUCCACCUUCCCCCUCACUCCUCCAGUCACACCACACCUUCGGGACAGAGCUCACAUCUGCCUGGUCGGAUUUUAUUCACACGGGAACGCCCGGUGACCCCGUGCAACUCAGGGAAAAAACUUCGCUAUCUGAAGCAGAAGUCUGACCACGGUGCUUUCAUACAGACCCCCGCCAUGAAGAAGCAGCUGGAGCGCCACCUCCCGUCCCCCCCGACCCUCGACAGCAUCAUCACAGAGUACCUGAGGGAACAACACGCCCGCUGUCCCAACCCCGUCACCACCUGCCCCCCCUUCUCCCUCUUCACCCCUCACCGCUGCCCCGAGCCCAAACAGAGGAGACAGGCCUCUCCUAACUUUACUGCCCGUCUGGGGAGCCGGGUGCUGUACCCCAAAUAUGGAGGCGUGGACAGAGGGUGUCUGGACAGACAUCUAAUAUUUAGCAGGUUUCGUCCGAUGUCGAUCUUCCACGAGGGCGGCUUCACCUGUUGUGCCUUCUCAGCCCGCGAGCGCUUCCUGAUGCUGGGCACCUACUCAGGUCACCUCAAGUUUUAUAAUGUCUUCUCUGGACAGGAGGAGGCCAGCUACACCUGCCACAUAUCAGCCAUCACACACCUCGAACCCUCGAGGGAUGGGAAGCUUCUGCUCACCUCUGCUCCCUGGAGUGAACCGCUGUCAGCUCUGUGGAGUAUGGACAGUGUCUUCAGCAGAAGACACUCAUUUAUCGAAGACCACUAUGUGGAGUUCAGUAAACUCUCUCAGGACAGAGUCAUCGGCACCAAGGACCAAGUCGCACACAUUUAUGACAUCCAGACGGGCCAGAAGAAUCUGACCCUGAACGAUCCCGCCCUGGCCAACAACUACAAGAGGAACUGUGCCACCUUCAGCCCAACAGACGACCUAGUGCUGAAUGACGGUGUGCUGUGGGACGUGCGAGCAUCUCGAGCCAUUCACAAGUUUGACAAAUUCAACAUGAACAUCAGCGGGGUCUUCCAUCCAAACGGCCUGGAGGUCAUCGUCAACACUGAGAUCUGGGACCUGAGGACCUUCCACCUCCUGCACACUGUCCCUGCUCUGGAUCAGUGCAGGCUGGUCUUCAACAGCAACGCCACCAUCAUAUACGGAGCUAUGCUACAGGCUGAUGAUGAAGAUGAUGCCAUGGAGGAGCAGAUCAAGAGUCCUUUUGGUUCCUCCUUCAGAACCUUCGAUGCCACAGACUACAAACCCAUCGCCACAGUUGAUGUGAAGAAGAACAUUUUUGACCUCUGCACUGACAGCAAAGACUGCUACCUGGCUGUCAUUGAGAACCAGGACACAGUGAGCAUGGACACCGUGUGUCGUCUGUACGAGGUCGGGCGACACAAACUGGCAGAGGAGGGAGACGACGAUGAUCAGGAUGAAGACCAGGAUGACGAUUCCUCAGACACAGAUGAUGACGACGAUGAUGAAAUCGACACGGAUCGGCUCAUGGAGGAACUCGACAAUAACAAUGAUGACGAUGAUGAUGAUGCUGAAAACAGGGACCAAGAAAAUUCACCCACAGAUGAAGAGAUUGCAGAUCUUCUGGGCAGCAACAGUGAUGACGACAACAGUGAUGAUGACAAUGAUGAUGAAGGCUCAGACGACUCAGACCAGUCAUUCAGAAGUGGUGAAGGAUCGGAUGUGUUUGACCCUGACAAUCAAUCUUAUCCAGUGCCCUCAGAUGACGACCUGUUUCAGUUUAUUCGGGCUUACAGCAGCAGCUCAUCCCCCUGACCCCGGAUGAGAGGAUCCUCUCUCUGCUUACUGUGUGAACCUUAACAUGGACAUUUUUUCUUAUUAAACCAACGUUCCUCCUUUAACAGGCAAGUAAGCUGUGAAUAAACUGAUACGCACAUCAGUGACCUGGACGAUAACUACCAUUAUUUUAUUUCAUCUCUUGAUAUUCUGAACUUUAGAGAAGUGUCAGUAAUGGGAAAUAAAUAUUCCCCGUAGUUCAUGGGGCUCAGAUGAAAACAGAGUUUGACUUAACCUGGAGAGAGUGGAUGUGAUGGACAGAGUGUUUAAAAGGGAAUUACAUAUAUUUAUCUGCUUGAGAGAGGAGAGCUUUUUCUUAUUUAAGAACAUUUUUUAAUCAAAAUGCUGUCGAGCUCACACUUCCAGCCCACUGAGGGAUGUUAUUUUCAGUCAAUGGGUUCAUAAAUUUUCCCCUUUUAUACUCGUUGAUGAAUCAUUUAGGCAACCUGAGUACCCAAAAACAGCCUGGAGUUCAACUAGAUUAUAUCUAAUCCACUGGACAAACUUUUUGGUAUUACUGAGUCCCUUACUUCUCCAGAGAAUAAACUGAGAAGGUGCUUAAAGUCCAGUCAGCAUAUCUCCACAGUGCAGAUGUCAGCAGUCUUCCAUACAUAGUAAACUAUUUCCAAAGUGUAAAUAAAGAGCGAAUAAUUAAAGUCUGAGGAUGAUGGGAAACCACUAAAACGUCUAGGCUCAUGAAAACUUGAAUACUAGUCACAUAUCUUUGUUUUUUAAUGUCUGGAUCUGUUCAGCUCGUCAGCCCUCAGCUCUGUUCUUCCUCCAGGUUUUAUAGAUUCUCUUGUUUUCCAUCAACAAACUAAAAGAACAAACUUCUGUAUCUUUAAAGAACAAAAGUGCCCACUCUUCCAGCAAUAUACUGUCGAGGUGCUCAGAGUCUAUGAGCUUUAACCAGCAAGUUGUUGACCAAACAAAGUUCAUGUUCCUUAAAUGGCUGUGGUUUUAGUCCAUUGCACUGUUGCAUCGCUCCCUUGGAGCCACUUUCCCUCCUUUAACGAUGUACAUAAUUGUCCCGCAAAAUAAAAGCAAAUGCAUUCUCAUGAGGAAAACCCAGAAGUGGCAGGUUUUUUAGUUUUGUUUGCAGUCUUCUAAUUUGGUUUUAAGUUAUUUUGAUUUGAUUUAAUUUAUUUUGCUCGUGUUGUUAGGGUUUGAUUGCUUUUAUGUGCGCGGAGAAAUGAGAGGAGAUUUGUGUUAUUGUUUGAUGCUUUUACCCUCUGUAUUCAGUCUCCCAUUGUUUGGUAAAAGACUUUGAAAGUACAGGCUGAGCCUUUCAGAAGACUACAAAUAAAUUAUAUUUUUGCUGUGCUUUUUCUUAAGAAUUGAAUUCCUUUAAAGUGUCAUUUUUUUAGGUACAGAAAACCUGCAGAGCUGAGAGUGUUUGGACUCUCAAGCAGUUCUCAAAGCAGUGUUAUGCAUGAGUCAUGGCUGAUAAUUUAGUUUAAAAUAGUUUGUAGCAGCUGAUAAUGUUAGCCAACAAGAAUAUCCAUCCACACAAAGCUAAUCUGGGUCUCAUUUAAAGAAGCUUCAGUGGGAGCUUAAUUUGUAAAGAUGUCAGUGUGAACACUUUACCUGCUAUUAUCUGCCCUGUGUAAAUUUAAAUUAUUUUAACAUGUCUCAUAAUCCAGCGAUACGUUCAUUAUCGGCUGCUACAACAUUUCCAACUCCUGAUGGAAGAGUUCAAAUUCAGAUUAUAGAGUUUUUCUGUUUCACGCCACUCUGACCUCAUCACUGACCAGUCAACCUUUAAACUACGGCUGGUGUCUUCAGUACGGGUUAAUAAUACAGCCAUUUUAUAACAUUAAAUUAAAUCCAACAUACAGUUGUGGGAUUUGCUGUAUAAACUAUUUUGUAAGUGCGUCAAACAAUCUGCAGCAGAUUUCAGAAACACCCGAGGACCCUUGAUUGUAUCUGUAGCACUUGGAACUGUUUUGUUUUUUGAUUUACAACCUGAAGCCAUUUCACAGCAGCUUUACAGAGCCAGAGAAUUUACAUUUUGCAAUAGAUUGUUUUGUAUAUAAACACUUUGAAUUGUUAAAAAUGUUAAUUAAACAAGCAGUCUACACUUGAGUUGAGUUGAGUUCUACUUGGAUAAUAAAGUACACUUGUUGUAACAUU